AUGGCAGCUGGAGACAUGGCAAAAGGAGAGGGCCUGGAUGUCAAAGGAUCAAAAUUGCGGGCAGGCUUUGAGGAGAGGGCCGCCGUCACAGGGAGACCGCUAAACAGCGCCAAGGGAAAGCUGAGAAGCCAAACCUCUGGUUCUCCCUCACACGCAAGGAUUUCCCGACCAAGCCAGGACCAAGUCCCAGCCCCGCAGCUGCCUGCCAGGCUUUCCCAGAAUCAGUCCCUGAUGAAUAACAACAGCAACAGCCGUACCUUUGAGGACCAAGCCCUCUGUCCCAUUUGCCUGGAGGUGUUCUGCAACCCGGUCACCACGGCCUGCGGACACAACUUCUGCAUGGCCUGCCUCCAGAGUUUCUGGGACCACCAGGCCACCGUGGGCGAGGCCCUCUAUUGUCCCCAGUGCCGGGAGCACUUCCCCUCCAGGCCGAACCUCUGCAAGAACGUCACCCUGGAGGAGAUGGUGGCCUGCUUCACGCAGACCCAGGGCCAGAGCUCGGGGUCCUCGUGGAGCUUGGCCGGGCCCACGGACGUGCCCUGUGACUUCUGUUCCCCCCAGAAACUCAAGUCAGUCAAGUCGUGCCUGCAGUGCAUGGCGUCCCUGUGCGAGAAGCACCUGCGCAGCCACUACGAGGACCGGGUCUUCCAGGACCACAAGCUGCUGGAACCCGUGUGGGAUCUCAAGAGUCACCUGUGCCCAAAGCACCGCAAGCUGCAGCGGCUGUACUGCCGCACAGAGGGCUGCUGCGUGUGCGGGGCGUGUCUGCUGGAGGAGCACAAGAACCACGACACCAUCCCCCUGGAGGAGGAGCGCGCCCGCAAGGAGGUCGAGGUUAAGAAGAUUCAAGCCAACGUGGAGAACCAGAUGCUGAUGAUCACCUCCGACAGCCAGAAGCAUCGGGGGCAGGUGGCCUUUCUCUCGAAACUGAUACGGACAACUCGUGAUGAGGUCAACACUUGCUUCUCGGAGAUCAUCCAGGAGGUCAAACAGCUGCAGGCAAAGGUCUUGGAUUUUGUGGAGAAAGAGGAGGCGACCGCCCUAGGAAAGCUGGGCAGCUCCAUCCAGCAGAGCCACGAGCGGCUGCUGAAGCUGGAGGGAGACAGCAUCUGGCUGCGCACGCUGCUCACCAACCGGAGCGACCAGCAGUUUCUGCAGGAGCUCCCCAGGCUGAAGCACUUCCCGGCCUGCACGGAAUCCCUGAUGGGCACCAACUGCGAUGAGAAGCAGAGCUUCCUCCAGCUGCCAGAGACCCUGGCAGAGCUCAGGACCCGGCUGCGGGACGUGGGUCUCAGCUUCAUCAGCCAGCUCCUCCUGAAGGGCAUUAAGAUGAACUCCUACGAGGUGCUGCCCACAGUUAUGGACAGGAAAGCUCUUCUCCAGUAUUACUGCAACCUCAACUUCGACCCCACCACGGCGAGCGAGGAGCUGUUCCUCUUCAAGGAGACGCACUCAGUGCUGAACCUGGGCAUCCUGCUGGAGCCCCUGGCGGCGGGCGGCCCCUCCCCGGGCUUCAAGCAGUGGCCGCAGGUGCUGUGCUCGCACGGCCUGUCCGAGGGCCGCCACUACUGGGAGGCCGAGGUGUCCAACUCGUGGGUGUGCCUGGGCGUCUCCUACCGCCGCGGCCCCCCGCUCGGCGGCCGCCCGCGCCGCAGCAUCGUCUACCUGCUGGGCCGCAACCCCUACUCGUGGUGCCUGGAGUGGGACUCGCUGCGGUUCUCGGUGUGGCACAACAACACGCAGACGGUGCUGCACGGCGGCUACCACCGCACGCUGGGCGUGGCGCUCGACUGCGGCGCGGGCUGCCUGUCCUUCUACGGCGUGGCGGGCGGCGUGAGCCUGCUCUACCGCUUCCUCGCCGCCUUCCCCGAGCCGCUCUACCCCGCCGUCAUGGUCAGCAGCGGCGCCUCGGUCACGCUCAAGCAGCGCCCGGAGGCGUAGGGCGGCAAUAAAGCUGGA